CACGGCUCCUCAUUCACUAGAAGAUGGCGGACUGCGCUCCACUAUUAGAUGAGGAACUCUCGUCCUUUGUCUUCAAUUACCUGACAGAAAACUCCGGCAGCCAGUAUGGGGAGGAGGAGGUGUGUUCGGAUCGUUUGGACACUGACUUCCCGGACAUCGACCUCUCCCAGCUGGAUACCAGUGACUUCGACAGCGUCAACUGUCUCAGCGAGCUACAGUGGUGCAACGAUCAGCCGGCGGACGCGUCACCGGCCUCCAUCCACUACAGUACAGCAGAUGAGCUCUUUGAGAUAGAAGAGGAGAAUGCGGCUCUGCUCGCCGCUCUGACCGACAGUUUGGAUGGCAUGGUGGAUGCAGAGGUGGGCGGGCUCUCCGUCUUCCCCGCCCUGGGAGAGGAGCCUGACCAGGAAGAGGAAGAAGAAGACAGCCUUCCUCUCACAGUCGAGGACUUCAGCCAGUCCCUGGGGGCCGAGACGGAGGACCCAUCUCUCCUGAAGAAGCUGCUGCUGACUCCUCCCAACGUGCCCGCAGGUAUCGACGCACACAAAGAUAGAGUCCAUGGACAUCGCUAUAGCAACAGAAGCCUGCACCUACGGCCAGUCAGACCUCUAGUCAAGAGUGACCUCCCUCAGGAGAGGAAGCCCCGAGCGGUGCGUCCUGCGGGCCGCCUGUGCACCGAGCUCCACCGCCACCUCACCACAGCCCAGGACUCAGAGGACGCCCCGGCCCCAGACACAGAGGAGGACGAAGAGGAAGAAGAGGACGAGGACAGUGAGUCGGAGGAGGAUGAAGAGGAGGAAGAGGAGGAGUCUUCCAGCAGCGAGGUGGAGGGUGCGGCAGUUGCGGCCGCCGCCCCCGCUGAGCCAGCCAAGCCUCAGUUCAGCUCAGAGAAAGAACUGCACUCAGUUGUGGAGCUGAUUACAUACAUGCACACCUACUGCCUGCCCACACGCAAGCAGCAGGGCUGGGAGCGCAAGGACCGGGACCUCCAGAGGUCUCGGGCCAGACCCGAAGCCCCCCGCCUGCAGGCUGCCACAAACUCUCACAGCAGAGUUGUCUUGGUGGCUACUCCUGGGACUAGUGGGGGCUUCACUGGGGCAGGCAACAGUGCCCCAAGGAGGCUUCCCUUUGCAAGGCGAAGGGAGAUGAAGGCCAACUCCCUUCUCCGCGAGCUCCUGCAGCAGAGCAGCUCUUUCGAUGUGAGCAAGCCUUACAGACUGCACAGCCCUCCCUACUCCCACUCCCACAGCCCCAACAGAGGAGGAGUAUCUGCUUCUUCUGCCCUGGCUAAAUCAGCCCCAGCCCACUCCCUAAGCUCCACCACCCCAAAACUGGAGCUUGGUAAAGACUUUUCCUCCCCAGAUAGGAGAAACUCCUCCUCUGAGGCUCCUCAAAGCCCGGAGGAGAUUGCAGAGGACGGCGGCUCCUUCUCGGUCCGGCGCUCCCGGCGUCUGGCCUCCUUCCCCAGCCGCUUCGCCAAGAGGCUGCGGCCUGGUCGGGCAAGGGAAGGAGAGGGGAAGGAAAGGGUCGAGAGGGAGGAGGGACGAGGAGGGGUCAAACUCCUGCCAACCCAAGCAGGAGGGGUAACUACGACGGAGCCAGAGCAGCUGACGUCGGGUGACUGCAGCGCCGGUACAACAGAGCCGACCAAAUCCUGCUGCCACAGCGAAAAGCGAGCCUGCCUCUGUCUGCCUCUCAACCCCAAAUCCACAGGACAAUGCUUCAAACCGGCAGAGGGAGGAAAGGGUAGUGAAGGUGUAGGUGGUGGCAGCAGUGGUGAUGGUGGAGGAGGUGGCAGUGAGUCUGUUCACCCAGCUUCAAACACCAACGCCGUCACUAAGGGCUCGUCCUGGCUGAGCCGCGCCCACCACCAGCGGAAGCUUCCGGAGCAGACGGAGCUGUAUGCCCAGCUGCGGCGCAUGGGCCAGGCUGGUGACGGCGAUAUCCAUAGAACCUUUGGCGACCACGACUACUGUGCGCUGAGCGUCGGGGAGAGCCGCAAGCGUAGCGCUGCCAUGCUUGGUGCCAUGCUGCAGGCGCAGGAAGGGAGCGAUGGAGUUAGCACCCUAACAGCCAAAGCAGCCAACGAUCAGGUUUCGGAUGGAAAGGACAAGGAGAGCAGGGAACGGCUGCUGGUGUCAGACGUCGCCGAACCACUUGAGAAGCAGACAGUGACGGUGGUGAUAUCAUCAACGCCGCCGUCAGACUGCCAGUUGGCAGCUGCCACACUACCAGCCUCAGAGGAAGAGGCGGAGCGCUCGUCUGCGUCUCGCUCACCCUCGCCCAUUCUCCACCUGUGUCCCGACUCCCCCGCCAGCAAGACAGACUCCAGUGAGAACUCGGAGAUCUGUCCCGACGACAAGCAGAGGAACAAAGCCAAGUCUGACGAGGACAACUGCCAGGUGUUUUACAUCCACAACCUGCCAACCAGCGUGACCCAGAACAUGCUGAGGAAACGCUUCCAGGUUUUCGGUAAAGCGGAGGACUGCAAAGUCAUCAUCUGCAACGAGGAGCGCUGUGGGGUGAUAAAGAUCCGCCAGCCAGGGGUUCAAAGACACUGGAGAGAACGGGAGACUGUUUUCCAGAAUGGACCUGCGGGCCUAAGGAGGCUAACAAGGAAACGCUACAUAGAUCUUGAUGAGGCAGGUCCGGGCCCUGUCAAAAGCAAGUACGAUGCACUGGACUUUGACACUCUGCUGAAGGAGGCCCAGAAGUCCCUGCACCGCUGACAGCACAGCACCCGUGACUGGUCAGCCUUAGUAGACUGCAGCAACACCCCUCCGACAACAUGGCUCUGCCCUCAGACAGGCCUCUCAGUACCUCCAUGCAAGGCAACCUCGCAAAAUGUUUACAUUUUUACCGUUGGAAUAAAGUAACGAUAAGGACCUUGUUGUUUUAUAAGUUUCUUUCACCGGAGGAUACUGCUUAAAAACGAGGAAGCCACUGGGAGUUCAGAGGAGAUUAAAGACAAUGGAGGACACAGGACUUUAAACAGCAAUGGUACAACAACGAUAAUGAUACAGUUCUCUGCUGAACAAAGCUGUCUGUGUUGGUGACAUCAUCACCCCGCCUUGGAAGAGCGGGCAUGAGAGACCUCUGUAGCAAAUCCUUGCUAUUCCUGCGUUGCGUUGGUCGUCGUGGUGUGUGUGUUUCUGCGUGUGUGUGUGUUCUUUGUUCUGUUUGUUUUGUAAAAAAAGAAAAAAAACCUCCCUCUCUCCAGUCACGGGUGGUGAACCUGCAAGCUAUGUUCACCAUGAAGUUGUGUGGUUGUGUAACCAGAAAAAAAAAACCCUGCUUUGUUUUAGCGAAAAAUUGUGGAUGUUAUAAAUUUUAAAAUCUAUUGUGUGUGCGUUAUGAACAAAGAAUAUAUAAAAAAAAACAUUUAACGUAAUCAUUUGAUGACUGAUAAAGUUUACAAAUCUAAAAUGAAGAAGAAAAAAAUCAUGUUUUUUUCUUUUUUGUAAUUGUAGUGCUUCCUUGAUUUGAUCUAUGCACUGUAAGGAGGCAAAUGUCUCCGCUGUCCUCCACUUCCCCACUUUUGACUAAUCUCUAACUCUGCCAUGCUGACUAUUUUGGCUUCUGCUACUGGCUGCUGCAGGCUCUGUUUGGUAGGCGUUUUAUACAUUAAGACCCCAACUUGGUCCCAGGAAAAGUUUCACUUCAAUUAUUUUUAUCCCCUUCGAAUUAAAGCAUUUAUUGGAAGACCUGUUGCACAGGUUGUGAACUGGUUUCAAAAUAUGUUCAAACAAGAAUGGCGUAUGGAGUUUGAUUUUAUUUGUAAAAAAAAAUCCUACUACAUGAUAAGGUUAAAGUCGUCAUUAUAUGUCAUAAGGUUAGGGUUGGGUAAAAACGGGUGUUGUGUCAGAAGUGGAUCAAAGUCAGGAUAAGCAUUAGAUUAUCUGUGGAGAAGUACUAGAACUAAUAGUUGAACACCAAUGCCCAUCCCCAGAGCUGACACUUAGACAUUUCUUUAAGUAACUGCCAAAUGUCCAUCCUGGAAAUAAUUCUUUGUGACGCCAUAGUAUAGAGGACUAUUGUUAAUAAAGUUCAUUGACGUUCACAUGGAUUCAGUCUGUCAAUUGUUUCUAAAAUACAACAAAUUGGGUAGUGCCAAAUUUCUUCAGUGAUUCAGAACAGUCUCUCCAUUUAGAAAAUGGAAUGGUCCAUUUUUACAAAAAUGUUUGGCUUCAUUGGUUGAUUCCAGGUGAUUUUUUUCCACAUCAAGAGGGGUCUUGAUGUAUCUUUGAUAGGGUCCCAAUGAACAUGUGUCUGAAACAAGGCUGCAGCCUAACGACACCCCCCGAAUGCCACAGCCAAUGCAACAGUUACUGUUUACAUUUGGACUGCAGCAAGCAGGACUAAAAUGGGGAAAUAAAGUUGGUAGCCAAUUGACGCUUUCAGUAAUGAACUCAGUAUGAAUUCAUCACAUCCACACUUUGUCCUGAUCAUCCCAGUCCAAUCUUCUUUCACAUAACGUCCAUCAGUGAUAGUCAUUUUAGGACAGUACUGUAAAUUGGGCAUUAGUGCUUGAUGUUUGGUUAGCUUGACAUUGGUUUCAGAGUACAAAGGAGAACAAAACCAUUUUGCUUUUAAUAGUCCAUCCAUGGAAUAUUGCCAUUGCAAGUAGAUGAAUCUGCCGGUUCAAAUGGAAUGUAUUCAAGAAUCUGAAUGUAAUCACCGUGUUUUCCCCAUUUUUGCUUGCCCAAAGGUUGUGGAGCUUUUUGGUGCUUUAAAAAGGUAGACUUGCUUAGUCAAUCUGUUGACUACCUGCGACUGAUUCUGGCUUGUAGUGCAGUCUGGGUAACGCCUAAUUUAUGCCUGACACAGCCAGUAGCACCCGCCGUGAAAAGGGAGAGAGCCUCCAAGUCUGCCAAUCUCGUGGCCACCUACAACACAGCCAGGGAACGAGCGAGGGAUGGGCUUGAAAGUAACGAAAAGUUUCGGACGAGAAUCCGAUUUCUCGUUUCGGAGGUACUGUAUCAGCUGAGCAUCUCUACCUCACAUCCAUUCAUCCCUGCUCCCCCUGUCCUUUUAUUUUCUUGUUCUACUGGAUGCUCUCCCCCUCCUCUUUUAUAAGUUUCACACUCUUUGUUUUGUUUUUUGUCAGAAAUGUUCUCUCUGUAAGGGUUUCCCCAACUGAUGGGUGGUUAUGGGUCGUUAUGGGGUUUGUGUUGCUUUUUUAUAUAAUGACUCCUACGACUAAGCCCCUUGUGACGGGAAUAAUCUCUCUUUCUCUCUCUAACUCUUUUCUUUGCUUGCCUCAUAACGGUUUUUAGCGUGUCCGUUUCUUGGAGUCUCGACCUUGUGUCCUUGUGUAACUGAGUGUUUUGUCUUUGUCUCGUGUUUGAGUCGGACACUGCUGACACUUGCAGGUCAGUUAGGAGGGGACGGGAGGGGUUGAACAGUGGCUUGGUGGUUGGUUGGGUCCUUGAUGGCGCUUGGAGGGGAAGAUUCCCAGUUUUCUCCCCCCUGCUUACUUGUUUUCUUCAGGGACAUGCCAUCCCUACUGACUUCCCUGUUCCUCCUCUUCUUGCCCAGGAAUUUCAAUAAAAUGCAGCCCGACCUUUUCUCUAACUUUAACUCAAAUCGCUUUCUGUCUCUCGGUGGGUUCAAGGCCUUGUUUACAGGUCUUCCCGAAUCCUUGGUAAACUCCCUGCUUUUUAACAGAUAAUCCCUCUCUACCAACCUUCUUCCUUGUCCUUUCUCUAUCUAAUCAACUCCUUGGUAACACACACAAAAAAUUGAAUGUUUACAUUACUCGAUUCUCCUUUGACUUUAUUAGGAACGCACACUAAGUACAAAGGCGCCUUAUUCAGUGUUAAAAAAUAACAGCAAGUUAAGUGGCCUCGAGAGAUGCACCUUCUCCAGGCUCACUGAUGUCCAAAACUAACAAAAACAAUUUAGUGCUAUACAUACUGAUUGAGAAACUAGGUGUAAACUUUUAAAACGGAAAAAAAAUACAAACUUUAACAAAACUAAUCGCAAACAACUGAAUGAGUAUUUGUGCUUAGUAUGUAUACUACUAAAAAGUGAGAGAAUGUGCUGGUUUACAUAUUAAAAAAAGAAAAUAUAAUAUAUGAAUAUAAAAUGUGUAUAUAGCACUAUGCCUCGUUGUAAACAUAAAAUGUAUUGUGUGUUCUUUUUUAAAGGUGGCGGGUCACAGUUGAUUGCUAAUCAAACAGGAGAUGGUCAGGUCGGUUUUGCUCCAUUGAGUUCAUGUUUGUUCAGUACAGGGAGGAAAUUAAGGGAAAAAAUUAAGUUGAAAUGACUUCACACAAAGUCCAACACUGUUGUAAAAGAAAGACAAAAAAGAUACAAGUAUCCCUUUAGACUAUCACACUAGAAGGUUCUAUUUCUUUGCUGUUUAUGAAAUGACUAAAUAUUUUUUAAUGUUUGUUUCUGUUUUUUUAAAAAGCAAUUUGAAAUGCAAUACAUAAUAAUCUUAUCUUUAAGACAGCCUUUCCGAAAAACUGAGGUAAUAAUGUACAGUGUAUGGUUGGUUGUUGAACUACAACACGGGCAAUCUUUGAGCAGCGGAUUCAAUAGGCUACUGUACUGUAUGUAGACUGCUGUUAAACACAAAAAAAUCAUAAAAACAAACUACAGAAAGAAUGUGGUCAGCUGUGUGUAAACACAUAACACGUAUACAAAACAAAUUGUACUAAUAUACUCUUGCACAAAUAACGUCCCAAGUAGAGAAAUAUCUUCACAAUGUUUUCUUCUCAUUGAAAGGAAGCUGUUGUAACUAUGUUAUUACCACAUUCGAUGGUGCACAGGUUUGUUCAAAUCUGAGUUGCAUUGAACACUCACUUGUAUUACGGUAACGGCUAAUAACUAUACAUAUUUGACUCUGGUAAAGGAAUGUGGGAGGGAGGUAAAGAAGAAAAGAAAAAAAAAAUACAGUUGUCGCUGGUUUGACCCAGUUAAAGUUUCAGACUAGUUGAUACAGAUGAGGUAGGCACUGUAAAAAUCCCAGUUUCACUGCUGCACCUUUACUUCAUCCCAUAAAGGAAGCAUUUGGAUUCAAUCAAUUAUUAUCAAAUACAAGUUACAGAACGGUAUAAUGGUACAACUAGCUAAGAGUUUUGCGUUUGUAAGAUAAUGCAAUACUUAAGCAGGAUAGAUGCAAAAUAAAGCACAAAGGCAAAUUUGUGAAUGUCGAAUAAGAAGAGGGUGUAUGUUUCUUUACUACCUGAGGGGACGUGACAGGCAAGAACGGGUCGGAGAUCAAGGGUGUGAAUGGGAGCCUUCAAACCUGUGUGGAAGAUGUUUAGUUUUUUACCUUCAGAAACACUUUUGGUAAGCAAAUGUUAACUUUUUGCUGACCUAAACAAUCUGUUUGGCCUUUUCGUGGAGGAAGAGCGUACACAGUUUCUACAUGCAACCCAAAAUUCAGACUGGCAGGAAAUGUGAGUGUGCAGUAUGUGGUGGGAUUUCUACAGUGGCUGCUGCUGUGCCUGUGAGGGUUCCUCCAUUGUUACAGAGGGUAUUGACAUCAAAACAACCCAAUUUUUCAACAUGGCAAGCCUUAAAAAUCAAUCGGGGAGGGGGGGGGGAACAAAGCUACCACUAGCUUUUAUUAUUACUGUCUGAACUCCUUUCCAAUCCAAUGUGGUUUAUUAUUAAAUAAUUACUGACGUAAUUAAAACUUUUUUCAAUAGCCAUAUUAUAAAAAGGUAUAUACAUAUAUAUGAAUAUAUAUUUGUGUGUUUGUGUAGAUAUCUAGAUGAUUAUAUACUUUCUUAUAGAAAACUUUGAUGUUGACCAUUCUCCUCAGUGUUUUGAGAACACGUUGACACAUCUCAACACAAUACCGCUGUCCGCUUGGUCUAGGUCCUAGGUCGAUGGACAACGAAUCCAAAUAAUAAAAAAAAGUCAGAAAAAAAAAACCUUCCAAAGGGAAUUACCCACGUCAGAAUGCAAUACCUUUCUUUCCACUCUUCAUUUCAAAAGAAUGGAAAAUGGCAAGAAAACCAUAAAACUUGAUAGGCAAGUUGACCAAAAAAUUUAAUUUCAACAAUAAAGAGCGUGGCUCGUGUAAAAUGUGACAUUUUCGACGGCCACGUCAGAUUAAGUUUUAUAGAUGUGAUGUUUCCAAUGCCAUGGCCCACUAAAACACUUCAUUGUUUUUCUUUGUCACUUACUGUUUCUUAAGUUCAGAAAACAAUGUAUCUGUCAGCUAGCUGCACCAUCAAAUUAGCCCCUACCAGGACAGUGCUUGCAAUACCGGCCUGAUUCUGGAUUCCACUUCCGUCUUUGAUCUGCAAAUGUGUCGCAUUUCAACAUCAAAAGUUGUACAAUACACAUAAAAUAAUGGGUAAUCUGUCAAACUUGAUGGCAACAGUGAUGUCAAAUAGGCACUAAGUAGGGACUGCAAACUGUCAAAAUCUGCUAAAUGUGAGUGGGUGUUUUUUUGGUGGAGGAAAAUAUUUUGACAUAAAAGGGCAUACAUUGUUUUUGUUGUUUUUCAUUACUAUUGAUUUUAUUGUCUAUUUACAUCUAAUGACUAUCAAAUUCACAUAAAUGAUUUUUUUUUCUUUUUUUAACUUAGUUUUUGGUAAAAACAAAAAAGGUAAAUACUGCUAGUGAGAUUUUAUAUUUUUACAUAUGUUGGUUUUAUUUUGUUUCUUUUUUUUUUAUUUAUACGCCACUUAGUUUGGAUGUCUUCAAAUGGUGUUAUUUUCUCUGUUUUUGUGUGAUUUCAUAUGUCUUGAGAAUGUGGAGACAAAGGCAUUUCAGUAUUUUUGAAUUGUUAAAAUCUAGUUUCAUAGAAGCGGAAGUAUCUGAUGUUAUAAAUUAUAUUUUAAUUCAUGUAAAUAGUUUAAAACAGAAGACUAUGGCUUCCUUUUAAACUGAAUACAUUUCUCUUCAGAGAUUGUUUACAUUAUGAAACUGUAGAGAUGUGCUCCUCAUAUACUGUAUAAAAGUACAUAUAUUCAUUGAUUUGCCUCCAAAAAAUAAAAUCCUAAUGAACAGCA